GCUCGCCUCGACUGGAUGAGUGUCUCUCCGUCGACGGACGGUGGUUUUGAUUCUCUCUCAACUUUGCCGCCAUGACCAUCACCCGGCCGGGGACGUGAAGGAGGAAGAUGGGGUGGAGAAUGUAAAGAAGAAGAUGCCUCAUGGGUCGCUCCAUCACCGCCAGUGCGCCAGUCGGGGGGUCGUCAGCACCAUAACAAAGCCAUGCCGAGGUUCAGCGUCAAAUGGGGGGUCGCCGUCUUGUUGAUGCUGCUGGUCGGCGGCGUCUUCUUCUUCUGCGAGUAUCUCAUUUACUUCCCCACCAUCCUCAAGUGCGCCUGGCCCAGGAUCGAGCAUGCGCGCGGGGGGGAGGAAUCGCCGCCGGUCCGCGCCAUGGUGCUGUCGGACACGCACCUCCUGGGGGCCGUGGGGGGCCACUGGUUCGACAAGCUGAGGAGGGAAUGGCAGAUGGAGAGAGCUUUCCAGACCGCCGUGUGGCUCCUCAGGCCCGAGGUGGUCUUCAUUCUGGGGGACAUCUUCGACGAGGGCAAGUGGAGCACCCAGAAGCACUGGGAGGAUGACGUGCGUCGGUUCCACAGGAUGUUCAGACACUCCAGCAACACAGAGCUGGUCGUACUGGUUGGUAACCACGAUAUCGGCUUCCAUUACGAGAUGGACUGGUUAAAGCUGCAGCGCUUUGAGAAGGUCUUCAAUGCCUCCUCCACCAGGAUCGUCACCAAAAAUGGAGUCAAUUUCCUGCUGGUGAACAGCGUGGCCCUGCAUGGUGAUGGCUGCCCCAUCUGCCAGGCGGUGGAGAAGGAGCUCAUCAAACUCUCCAGAGACCUCAACUGUUCUCUUAGUCAGAGCUCACAUUCUGGCACCGCCGCAGCAGUGGACGGCUGUGAGGCCGCGCAGGUGUACCCCCCCACACCCCCCAUCAUGUUACAGCACUACCCGCUGUACAGAGUGAGCGACGCAGGCUGCACCGGCAUAGACGCAGCGCUGCCAGGAGAGCGACACCUUCUGUUCAGGGAGAAGUAUGACGUGCUGUCCAAGGACGCCUCCCAGAGGCUGCUGCAGUGGUUUAAGCCCCGCCUCAUCCUGAGUGGCCACACCCACAGCGGAUGCGAGGUUCUUCAUGGCAACAAGUACCCGGAAAUUAGCGUGCCAUCCUUCAGCUGGAGGAACCGCAACAAUCCCAGCUUCAUCCUGGUGGGUGUCUUGUCAGGGGCGGUACGUGACUUCCGGGAAAGGCGUCAGUGUCACCGAGCAGUUAUGCUCUGUCCAAGUGUUUCCUCCCGGAGGAGAGCACGGUGAUCGGCGUGUACUGCUCGGCCGGCGUCUGCUUGCUGCUGCUCAUCCUGGCUCACUGUUUGUGGAUGAAAGGCCUGCUGCAGUGUCUCAGCCUGUGCCUGCUGGGGAAGCACAAGUCGAUGUGACACUACAUUACCCAGCGGCCAUUGCGAUUCCAACUUGGUAUUCCUUGGAAUGUGACAAAAGAAAACGGUCUUGGUUGGUUUUGGAAAUGCUUCCCGAGACUGGGAAGGACGCGAGUUUCUAUUUUCUUCUUUUAAAGGACUCAAAGUUGUGAUAUUUAUGACGUGCUUGUGGCCUGUGUCGCACAAACUGAUGUUUAAGUUCCACUCGCGCCCCCCCGAGGGCGGCACUUGUAAUAAUGUAACCAGGUAAGAGAAGCAGCCGUCUGAGAGCCACCACUGACUUUCCAGCACUUUGCCAUAUUUUUUUCUUUCUUUUUAGCAGCCAGAGACAAAGUUUAUGAUUAUUAUAACUAAUACUUAUUUGUCAUACAUGCGUUGUUGAGCCAUGUAUUCACUGUGAACUGAUGUGAACUCGAUUGUCAUGUCAUUUAUUUUGUUUAGGGCCUUAUCUUUUAUGACACAUCUCUGAGGUAGCUCAGUUUCGGUGCCAAAUGGUUGACAUAUUUCUAAUGAACUGCUAAAUAAAUCACCACCUUUACACCU